AUAAGAUUACCCGAAGGAAUCACUUCCAUUCACUAAUGACUGUAAGGCAUUAGGUAGGACUCUUCAGAUAUCCCACAAGGUGCCAUUGGCAAUUUUAUUAAUCUUAUUUCUCAGCAGGAUCUCCUACUAUGGUGACUAUCGACAUUGAGGUCCGGAGUAUGAGUCAAAUAUCAGAAAUGGACAUGACAUAUUCCAUGGACUGCUACUUCCGCCAAUCGUGGGUCGACGAGCGCCUCGCCUUCUCGGACCUGGACGAGGCCUUCACGCUGUCGGUAGCGGUGCUGGAAAAGCUCUGGAAGCCCGACACGUUCAUCUACAACGGCAAGCAGAGUUACGUUCACCUCCUGACCACGCCGAACAAAUUCUUCCGGCUCUACCAGAACGGCAAGAUUCUUUACUCGUCCAGGUUAACCAUCAACGCCAAUUGCCCUAUGAACCUGCAGGACUUUCCAAUGGACAUCCAACACUGCCCUCUGAAACUGGGAUCGUUCGCGUACACGACCCGUGACGUCAUCUACCAGUGGAACCAAGACCGCCAGGUGGUCAUCGCCAGUGACCUGAUGCUGUCCCAGUUUGACCUCAUCGCUGCCCCGUCUGGAAGGGAGAACACGACCAGGAGAUCAGGAACCUACUCGACCCUCCUGGCUUCAUUUCACCUACGCCGGCGUAUGGGUUAUUUUAUCAUCCAAGUGUACGCACCCUGCGUGCUCAUCAAUGUGCUGUCUUGGGUGGCCUUCUGGAUCAACCGAGAGGCUACCUCGGAUCGUGUGGCCCUCGGAAUCACUACUGUCCUCACCAUGACCUUUCUGGGCCUUGAAGCGCGGACGGACCUUCCAAAAGUUUCUUACUCUACGGCGCUCGACUUGUUCGUUUGGCUGUCUUAUGGCUUCAUCUUUGCGACCAUCAUCGAGUUUGCUUUCGUUCACGUCUUCACGAAAGUAGGCUCAGGGGAGAUCUACUUAUCUGACUCAAGUUCUGAAGCAGAUUCGGAGGAAGAGGAAGACGGAGAGGAUGAUAAUGACGAUGAUGAGAUCCAGGUUCACUCGGAGCCUUUAGCCAGUUGCACAGUCAUCCCGGUCAGUCAGCGCGAAGAGCAGCAAAUGGUCUCCGCAGACGACAUCGCCAUCACCCAAGGGCACAACGGCGUUGGGACUUCCAGGGUCGUCCACGUGACGACUCCUUACAACUCCCUGCCCAGAGCGACGAUCUGCUCUCGGAUGUCGUUCAUCUGUCGCAAGCCUAGUCGGCGGCAGUCUCACGCAGGCAUCGUCAAUGUGUCGCCCCUUCCUCAUGCUAAGGUUCAAAGUCACGCGAGCUUGGAGAGGCAGCCGAGGCAGCGCCCUCAGCAACUGGACAUCCGCUCCCGCCGGAGUCGCGGCAGCAGCAGCAGCAGCCGCAAGCAAGAGCCCCAGAAGAAUAAGAAGAAGAAGAACGCCAAGAUGUCUCCCCUCCAGCAAAUGAACUCGGUUUCGCACAUCGACGAAGUUUCCCGCGUCUUGUUUCCGCUGUCGUUUCUCUGCAUCAAUUUCAUUUACUGGUACACAUUCCUCUCUCACUCUACUCGGCUUCAGGAUAACCUUUAAUGGUCGAUUGUCGAUUAUCUAGCGGGAGAUUACAUUUACAUAGGCCUAGGCCUCCGUAAAAAAACCUCUGUGUGGAAGUGAUAUCUAGCGUCAGAUUGUAUUUACAUACAUAGGCCUUGGUCUCAAAAACCUCUGCAUGGAAGUGCUAUCUAACAAUAGGGGGAAUUUACACAGGCCUAGGCCUCCUCAAAACCAUCUGUAUGUAAAUGCUAUCUAGCGUCAGAUCGUAUUCACAUAGGCCUUGUCUCCUUCAAAAACCUCUGCAUGGAAAUGCUAUCUAGUGGGAGAUUGUAUUUACAUAUAGGCCUAGGUCACUGCAAAAACCUUUGUAUGGAAAUGCUAUCUAGCGGGAGAUUGUAUUUACAUAGGCCUAGGUCUCUGCAAAAACCUUUGUAUGGAAAUGCUAUCUAGCGGGAGAUUGUAUUUACAUAGGGCUAAGUCACCACAAAAACCUCUGUAUGCAAAUGCUAUCGAGCGUCAGAUUGUAUUUACAUAGGCCUUGUUCUCCUCAAAAACCUCUAUAUGGAAAUGCUGAAUCUUCGACCUACUGGUGCUGUCGUAUACACUGAAUGUUUGACAAUGAAUAGCCUGAGCCAAAAAAAAAAAAAAGUAUAUGUAUUGAAUUAUCGCAAUAUUUUCGUAUGCAAACGAUAUAAUCAAAUAUUUCAUCAUAUAUGUAUAUAAAGGGAAUUCCCUGUCGUUUCUUUCCGACCUAUAUAUUUAUAUGGAACAAAAGCAUCAUAUAGAAACACAAAUUUAUCUAUCAAGAUGUAGUUUAUUUAGAUUUAUUGAGCUUUGUUGCUAGUGUCAGCGUUGUAUAGAAUUUACGAACACGCUUGCGAAAGCUGAGCUUAUUCACCAGUCGUAUGUGAAUGACAUAUACGUACAUACAUGCUAACACACAUAAACACACGGAAAAACAUUUAAAAUUUGCAUACGUACACACACAAAUUUACACACAUACAUGCAAAACUGUAGGGAUGGCAAAUAAAGCCUGAAUGUAUUUUUGUUAAUCUGUAUUUAUUUAUUUUGAAUAUACCUAUUCUUUUAUAAUAUUGAGGUUAACUAUAUAUAUAUAUAUAUAU